AUUCUCUUAUAUAACAAUUCUGAUUUGAUCUGAAUACUGAAAGGAAAAAAAAAAUGCUUGGGUAUUUUCUUUUAGCAACCUUUGCCGACGUUCUAUUUUAAUUCGCUGACGAAUGUGAUCGUUAAAAAAAGUUAAUAUAACAAUUAGCAGAUAUUGCAUGGUUAGACAUUUAUGAAACAAUGUUGCAGAAUCAAUAAUUCCCUGGGCGGUGAAAUGUGGAUCCCCCCCCUCUUCUUAUCAAGACCAAAACUUCCAUCACUUCUCUGCUUUAUAAGUUUUUAAUCUGCUUGUUUUCUUAAAAAAAAUAAAAUAAAACUGUUCGAACACCUCACGUUUUUCAACGUUUGGACUGUAUUAUUUGUUUAAUAUUUAUGAUAAGAACUCAAAAAUUAAGAAGAAAUGCGCUUUUAAAAGUUUUUAUAUAGGGAACAUGUCGCGUUGGUGUUAACUUUAACUGUAUAUGAUUUUGAGAAAGUUAUACUUUAAGACUAGUGAGCAUUAAUUUAAUCUCAUUGCUUUUCUUUUAUGUUUGUGCUAAAAAAAUAAAAAAAAGAGGUCCAAAUGAUGGCAGGAGCGUUUAGGUGACUUUCCGUUUUGGAUACUUGAAAAAAAGUAAUCGUAUAAAAUUAAUUUAAUGCACUUGCCUGGUUGAUUAUCAUUUCUUAUUACUUCAAAUGAAAGACAAAACUGCCCUGUUAUUUUACAUUUGCCACGAAUUGAUCUGUCAGUCCCUUCGCUGACAGCAUCGUGUUAGAUCAUAAGUCAAUAUUUGGAGACGUGGUGGAUCCCGAAGACGUUUAUUAAAAGGCCUUUACGCGCGACCGACUCACAGCUGCAGAAUUCAAAGAGGGGCAUCACAGCAACAGUGAGCAGUGUAAUGCAAAACUUGGUCGGCAAGGGGCUAUUUCUGAUCCAAGUUGAGCAUGCACUCACUCAAUGAGUCACCGAGUAGCUCUUGGCGACAUGUAGGCAGGAAAGCUGCGCAGGAUCAUAAACAGAAACGCCGCAUAUUGCAGCGACAUCUCAUAAAGUGGUGUUGGCCUUAAAUCUGCUGUAAAUCCGUGACAAUAAACAUGGUGGUGACAUUUAAAUUCUGCGCAUUCUAGUCACUGCACUAGACAAGAAUCGCUCUUUUAAUUAUGCAACAUAAUUUGCACUUUAAAAUUAGGUCUCUUAUUCAUUUGAAUAACUUUUGCUCAACAUUUUUUUUCGUCACCCAGACUUAUGUUUAUUCUCACUUGUUGCUCAUUACGUGCUGUUGUGACACUUGCACGUUUUAUGUCAAAGGAGAUCCCUUUGAAUUGUGCAAUGCAUAUUAAGUUCAUACCUUAAGAAAGCCCCCAAAACCUCAAAUCUCUACUCCUGAACUUUUACUGUUUCCUCAUAGCAUGUUGUCUUUGUUUGCGUAUUCAUACCAAAUCUUCUCCUCUUAGGUUUCCAAGAGUGAUUUCGAAAAGCAGCGUUCAGAUUCUACAACCCAAUUCGAGUGACCCAUUAUGGCCUGGUCUGGGUUGUUUCUUUUGGCUUUAACCACCAGCACCCGGAUGCUCCUGCAGAGAGAACACCGCAAAUCCCACUUGAUAACUUCGACAACCCCAUGGACUAUAUGCACCACUGGCCUGCAAAGAAGGGGCCAUGUUGCUCUACCGCAAGCAGGCGAAUCGCGAUGGACGCAUUAGGGAUCGUGGUUGUAGGUCCAAGUUAAACACUAACGUGGAAACCGAAAUCACAGAUGUUCCACAAUUUAGACAGGCAAAUAAGGUAUUCAGAGUUUGAUAUCCUCUGAGGUAAAGUGAUAAUUUCAUAAUAAAACAAAAUUCAGAAGGUCGUGUCUGUAGUUAAACGAGACUCCCUGUUGGUCUUUAGAGAAACAUACUUGAAAUGAAAAAGUCUCCGAUUUUCCUCCACAACUAAAGAGCUUCUACCUGAGAACAAACACUGCCCUGACCACCAAAAGCCCAUUCUGUCCUUUUUUUUUUUUUUUUUUUAGGAAACAUUAGACGGGCAGACUUGGCAAUCUAAAGUCCCUUCGUCAAUGUUCUUAAUUGAAGUUGCUGCUCUUCCCAAUUGAAUGUGGUUGACAAAGAAAAUGUAACACUUUAUGGUCAUCACAUAUUUUCUUUAUGUUCUGAGGUAAUAUUUGCCCCCCCGCCCCCUUCUAUUUAGCCGUUUAACUAAAUUCCCAGUCAGCAAUCUGAAAAUAUCUGCGACUGAUGAUGUCAAGAGACAUGGACGUGCGGGCCACAGCAUGGUGGAUUGUUAUUUGGUGAGUGCAUGUUAUUGGGGAGCACCAAUGAACGAGCAGCUGCAGCUCCCACGUGACCGCCCCCUCUCCUCUCCCAUUCAUCAGGGCUGGACUGUGUUGUCUUUUCAAUUCAUUUAUCUGCAGGAAUGAUUGCGACUAUCAGUCUAGAGCUCACCGUCUGACUGAGGAGGUGAAAGUUGCGCCACAGGAAGAUAAACCGCAAAAAGACAAUAUUGCAUGUAGUAAAUACAUGGGUUUUUUUGCGUACGCAUCGUAUGAGCGGUGCAGGGGAAUUCCUUCCGUCGUGAACGAAAAAAAAAAGUAAACAGAGAAUUCGUUGGAUUCGAGUUCAGAAGAGAUAAGCUGCACAGAGAGAGGAGGAGGAAGAAUAUCUGCGCGUGUUUUCUUUGAGUUCUGCGCUCAGUCGUCUCGAAGAGUCAAGACUGAAGAUGCUCUUGGACGCAGGACCGCAGUAUCCCACCAUAGGAGUCACUACUUUCGGCUCCUCUCGGCAUCACUCAACAGGAGAGGUGGCGGAGCGGGAAGUGGCGCUGGGGAUCAACCCUUUCGCGGACGGCAUGGGCGCCUUCAAGAUCAACCACAGCUCCCACGACAUCAGCUCCGGGCAGACAGCGUUCUCAUCCCAAGCUCCCGGCUAUGCAGCGGCGGCCGCCCUGGGACACCACCAUCACCCGACCCACGUUGGCUCCUACUCCACGGCGGCGUUCAACUCCACCAGGGACUUUCUCUUCAGAAAUCGGGGUUUCGGGGACGCGGCUGGGGCGCAGCACAGCCUGUUUGCCUCCGGCAGCUUCGGGGGGCCGCACGGACAUUCGGACGCGGCGGGGCACCUGCUCUUCCCAGGGCUCCACGAGCAGGCGGCGAGCCACGCGUCCUCCAACGUGGUGAACAGCCAGAUGCGACUGGGCUUCUCGGGGGACGUGUACGGCCGGGCUGAUCAGUAUGGGCAUGUCACGAGCCCGCGUUCCGAUCACUACGCGUCCACACAGCUGCACGGCUACGGCCCCAUGAACAUGAAUAUGGCUGCGCACCACGGAGCGGGGGCCUUUUUCCGCUACAUGAGGCAGCCCAUCAAGCAGGAGCUGAUCUGCAAGUGGAUCGAGCCGGAGCAGUUGACAAACCCCAAAAAGUCGUGUAACAAAACUUUCAGCACCAUGCACGAGCUGGUGACCCACCUGACAGUGGAGCACGUGGGGGGGCCUGAACAGACGAACCAUGUCUGCUUUUGGGAGGACUGCUCCAGAGAAGGGAAGCCCUUCAAAGCCAAAUACAAACUUGUAAAUCACAUCAGAGUACACACCGGAGAAAAGCCCUUUCCGUGUCCGUUUCCCGGCUGCGGCAAAGUGUUUGCCCGAUCGGAAAAUCUAAAAAUUCACAAAAGGACUCAUACCGGUGAGAAGCCUUUUAAGUGCGAGUUCGACGGCUGCGACAGGAGGUUCGCAAACAGCAGUGACCGCAAGAAACACAUGCACGUCCACACGUCGGACAAGCCAUAUCUGUGCAAAAUGUGCGACAAGUCGUACACGCAUCCCAGCUCCCUCCGAAAACACAUGAAGGUCCACGAAUCCACCAACCCCGGAUCGCAGCCUUCCCCAGCUGCCAGUUCAGGGUACGAGUCCUCCACGCCUCCCACCAUCGUGUCACCGUCCACAGAGAACCAGAGCAGCAGCUCCAUAUCACCAGCAGCUUCAGCAGUCCACCACACAACCAGCCACAGCACGCUGUCGUCAAAUUUCAAUGAAUGGUACGUGUAAAUAUUUUUGAAAAACGCACAAAAAGACAAUGGAAAAUUUAUGAAGACAUGAGGAAAAAAAAAAAAGGAAAAAAACUUUUUGGACCUUUCUAAGUGAGAAAGAUGGACUGGGAAAAAAGCAGGGGAGGUGAAGUUAAAGACUGUCAUCAUGCAUGGACAGAAACACGGUCAGCUCCUCCUUUUACUGAGGGACUGUACAGAAGCAGAUCUCAAAAGAAAAAGCAUGCUAUCUCCGAGUAGAGGCCUGAUUUUUUUUUUUCUUUUUUCUCUUUGCUUUUUUGUAAAUAUGGAUUUCACCAAACUGGAACCCACAGCAAGAAAG